AUGGCGAUUACGAUUCGAAAAUUGGCCGAGAUGAAGCGGGACGGGGAGAAGAUCCCGAUGGUCACCGCUUACGACUACACGGCGGCGCGCAUCGCCGAUGCCGCCGGCAUACCGAUCAUUCUGGUUGGCGACAGCCUGGGGAUGGUGGUGCUCGGAUACGAUUCCACGGUGCCGGUGACCAUGGACGAUAUGGUGCGGCACGGGCGCAUGGUGAGUCGCGGGUCGUCGGAAGCGUUGGUGGUCGUAGACCUGCCAUUCAUGUCGUACCAGGUUGAUGCCGCAGAAGCGCUUCGGAACGCCGGCAGACUGAUGCAGGAGGGCGGGGCCCAUACCGUGAAGAUGGAAGGGGGCGUGUCGAUUGCAGGCACGGUGCGACGCAUGGUUGACGCCGGCGUGCCGGUGAUGGGUCACAUCGGGCUGACGCCGCAAUCGGUGAACGCGUUGGGCGGAUACCGGGUGCAGGGACGCACCAAAGCAGCGGCGCGUCGGGUGUUGGACGACGCCUUGGCGCUGCAGGAGGCGGGGGCGUACUCGGUGGUGCUGGAGUGUGUUCCGGCGCCUUUGGCCAAGGUGAUAACCGAACGGCUGACGAUCCCCACUAUCGGUAUCGGGGCCGGGCCCGACUGUGACGGGCAAGUCCAGGUAUUUCACGACAUGCUGGGCCUGUUCCCUGACUUCGUACCCAAGCACGCGCGGAAGUAUGCCGAGUUGGGUUCCGACAUGACCCGAGCUUUCGAGUGGUACGCCGAGGACGUGAGGAACGGCGCGUUUCCCUCGGAGGCCGAGAGUUUUACGAUGAAUGAACGGCUGCUGGUGGAGUUGUUGGGUGAAGAGAGUUGA